CUGCCCACCGCUGCCGUCCCCUCCCACCCCGGCUCGCCCCUCGACCCGCCCCCGGGAAAGGCGGGGAGCACCCGCCAGGGACCCGAGGCUUCAGGGACCCAGCUGGGGGUGGCCGCUCACAAACCGAAUCGAGCCGGCAAGGCUGCGGAGCUGCACGCCCAGAGAGACAGCGACCACGCCACGCGGUCCUAACGGGCUACUGCAACAAAGUACAACAAACUCCAACAACAGAAAUUACUUUUCUUACAGUUCUGGAGGAAUCCGUCCUCCCUGGGAGUAAGAAAUGACCAAGAUCUGGGAUACUUGAGUGAAAAUUCUGUGGAGAAUCUUCAGCAGAAAGCACUCAGGAUCUGUUACAUGAGCUUUCCUGCUGGCUAAUUUUGGAAGGGAUGGCCAGUAUAAUUACUGGGAGUCGGGAUUGUAUUGUGAAUCAUCAAGGGGAAGUGGAUGGGGAGCCUGAACUAGAUCUUUCCCCUUGUCAACAGUGGGGAGAAGCAUCUUCUUAUAUUUUGAGAAACAGGGACGAUAUGAUGACUCUUCAAAGUGAUGAUUUCAAAAACAUUGAAAGCGAAACAUAUUUGCCUUUGAAAGUCCCAAGCCAAAUAAACACACAAAACUCUUCAGUGAAGUUCUGUAAGAAUGAGCCUCAGGAUCAUCAGGAAAGCAAACAUCUCUUUGUAAUGGAAGAAGGCACUGAGAGAAAAGUGAGAAGGGGGGAAAGUUGUUCAGAAAACCUUCAAGUUAAACUGGUGUCUCAUGGACCAGAACUGGCCUCACCAUUGUUAAGUGGUGAGGCAACUUGCCAGAAUGGCCAGUUAAAAGAAUCUUUAGAUCCCCUUGACUGUAACUGCAAAGACAUUUAUUUAUGGAAAUCACAGGUGGUCAGUUAUAGUCAGCAGAGAGCUCAUACAGAGGAGAAACCCUGUGACUGUAAUAACUGUGGGAAAAUACUUAACGGCAGCCCAGAUGGUCAUCCAGAUGAGAAAACCCACACUACAGACAAACAAUGUGAAUGUAGUCAGUGUGGUAAGAACUUCAGUCAAAGCUCAGAGCUACUACUUCACCAGAGAGACCACACAGAAGAAAAACCCUACAAAUGUGAGCAGUGUGGGAAGGGCUUCACAAGGAGCUCGAGUCUGCUUAUCCAUCAGGCAGUCCACACAGAUGAGAAGCCUUAUAAGUGUGACAAGUGUGGGAAGGGCUUCACCAGGAGCUCAAGUCUGCUCAUUCAUCAUGCUGUCCAUACAGGCGAGAAACCUUAUAAAUGUGACAAGUGUGGGAAGGGCUUUAGUCAGAGCUCCAAACUGCAUAUCCACCAGCGAGUCCACACUGGAGAAAAGCCCUAUGAGUGUGGGGAGUGCGGUAUGAGCUUCAGUCAACGCUCAAACCUGCACAUCCACCAGCGAGUACACACAGGAGAGAGGCCCUACAAGUGUGGCGAGUGUGGGAAGGGCUUCAGUCAGAGCUCGAACCUUCACAUUCACCGGUGCAUCCACACGGGAGAGAAGCCUUACCAAUGCUAUGAGUGUGGCAAGGGUUUCAGCCAGAGCUCGGAUCUUCGCAUCCAUCUCAGAGUCCACACCGGAGAGAAGCCCUAUCACUGUGGCAAGUGUGGGAAGGGAUUUAGCCAGAGUUCCAAACUCCUCAUCCACCAGAGGGUACAUACUGGAGAGAAGCCCUAUGAGUGCAGCAAGUGUGGGAAGGGCUUCAGCCAGAGCUCCAACCUUCACAUCCACCAGCGGGUUCACAAGAAAGAUCCUCGUUAAGUGACAUUAGCCUAUUCACGUCUUCACAGUGCUCAUACUGUAAAAACUGUUAAGUAUUUUAGUAUCACUCUUACUGUUAUAUUCUACAAAGGAGAGAGAUGUAAGGGUUAUUUCGAUAUGUUCUCUCACUGAAAAAUCAUUCAUUGAAAGUAUUUAAGUAUCAAGCACUUUGCUAUGCUGUACAACGGAUGGAUUGUUCUUGUUCUCAGAUGGGUAGAGUAAAAGCAUCUGUACCAAUUCAACUACAUGUUCUACUCAGCAGUUUAAGGGCAAGAACUUUAUAUUUAUUCUCAAGCAGGGUAUGUUACCCUUUGUUCACAUUCUCUGAGAAAUUGAAACUCUGUUCACAUUCUCUGAGAAAUUGAAACUCUGGUUUCUCUUCAAA